AGUCGACCCACUGCCUCCCCGCCGUCCGCACCUCACUCCCCGCCAGCCAUGUCGGACCCGGCUGAGGCCAAGGUGGAGACGGAAGCCGCCACGGAGGAGAAGCCAGCCGAGGAGGCGCCCGCCGCCCCCCAGGAGGCCAAGGCUGAGGAGCCGGCGGCGCCAGCGGAGGCGCCGAAGGAGGGAGGCGAUGCCGCCCCGGCGGCCGAGGAUGCUUCUGCCGAGGUGAAGGCGGAAGAGCCGAAGGUCGAGAAGAAGGAGGAGGAGACGGCGCCGGCGGCGGAGAAGAAGGAGGAGACGCCGGCCGAGGAGAAAAGGAGGAGGUGGAAGGAGAAGAAGGAGCCGGCGACGGAGAAGGAGGCGCCUGCUGCCGAGGAGGAGAAGGCACCUGCCGUGGAGGAGAAGAAAGAGGAGGCGGCUCCCGUGACAGACGAGAAAGAGGCGGAAGCCCCCCGCGACAGAUGAGAAGAAGGAGGAAGUCUCGACCGAAGAGAAGGCUC